AAAAAAAAUAUUUUAAAUUAGUUUUUUUUUUUUUUCUUUAAGGUUUUUUUUUUUGUAAACAUUAAACUUGUCGAUAUAAAACGAUUAAUUGGUUUAAAGAGAGAGAGGGUUUCAAUGAAAUUAUAAAUUUGGAUUAAAUCGACAAGUCAUGUGGGACAAUAUUAAUACAAGAUGAUCAUGUGGGAUGGAAAAUUCAUUCAAGAAUAGUUAUGUAGAAGAAAUCAUGUGCGUUCUAGGGAUUUCAUUAUUAUUGUGCAUUAUUAAAAUAUUUGAACAGAACAUUUUUUUAUUGAAACACUUUAUCACUUUUAUUAAACAUUUUAGGGUUGAAUGGGGCAUAAAUGCGAGAAUUUUAAUGUGAUUAAUGAGAAAUAAAUGAGAAAUUAUAACGAUAUAAUCAUAAUAUUUUUUUUUUU